AUGCCCGAGACAUCCACUGAACCCACAUCUGAGCCCCCGACUAUCGCUAUGUGCAACGGGCCUCUCCAGGAAAAUUACGAGCUUCAGCUUGGCGACAUGUCUGAUUCUCUCGCCGCGGUCACUCUGGAUGUUGAACCCAAAGCCAAGUCCGACUCAUCGUCUCCUGAGGUCCCUGACGAUCGCCGCGCUAUCGAGUUCGAUUGCUCAUCUCCCGACAGCUCCGACUCGUCACCUGAGGAUGGAUCUGACAUAUUCUCCUCAGAUGGCUCCAACUCGUCCUCGCCUAAUAGCUCAUCCCCCAAUAGUCUUCAAACGGCAUUUCCAGACAGCAACGUUUUGAAAACAAGCGAUUUGUUCCAGGAUACCUCCAAGAAAAGCCAAAAUCCUCAACCCAACGCGGUCUGGGACACAUCUCCUCAGUCUGAUGCCGACGUUGAAACCGUUAUUUUGUGGAACCCUGCUGCCAAGAAUGACUGUGACAUGGACUCUGCCGAUGACCCUACGGAAGACUCGAAUACUCAAACAAGUACCGCCUGGGAAGCAUCUUCACAGUCCGAUUCAGACGCCGAAACAGUUAUCUUGGGGAAGGCUGCUUCUAAGGAUGACGCUGACACGGUCUUUCCCAAUAACUCCGGCUCCUCCGAAGAGUCCGGCGCUGUAUCUGGUGAUUGCAUUCAAGGGAAUCCUGAUGACAAAAGGAGCAACGCGUCCGAUUCUGGCAGUGAGGAUGGCUCUGAGUCGCCCUCUCAGGAUUGCUUCGACACAUUCUCCCCAGCCGGCCCCCGCUCCAUCUCGCCUGCUAGCUCAACUACAUCAUUCCAAGUCCCCCUCGACACUGAAGAACAUGAACUGAGAAUCCCCCAAGGCUCACAAAGUAUCUGUGCAUAUGCGUCUCCCGUUCAAAAUGGCUGUCGCAUUCGGACCAGCUGUGACAGAAAUGAUGACACUGGCAGGUGGCACGUUGAACCGGACGGCUUUAUCAACGAAGCCGGACGGGCCGGAGGGCCAUUCCUUUUCCCUUUGCCCGUUCAAGAACUCAGAUUGAGCCUUGAUGAUCCCCUCCAUGACAUUCUCGAGGACUAUAGACUCUUUCAACGGAUAACGUCAAUUCUCGCUGAACACGGAAUCCACCCAUUCUCGAUGAGGCUCAGAAAAUGCGAGUACGGACUUUUCAAUCGGUUUGACUAUCUGCCAACUUUGAUUUUCUCUGCAACUCGUGACACCGUCGAUGACUCUUGGGUCCAGGCAUGUCGCCAAAUCUGGAAUCACUUAUCCAAUGUCGGCCUUGGACAAGUCAAUGUUGAAAUAUCCGAAUGCGAGAUCAAGCCAACUUACACGUGGAUAAUGAAAAAGACUGAUCGCGUUUAUCCAGUCUACAUGGACCUACUUCACAGGAUACAGACUGAACUUGAUGUUACGGGAAUGAUCAGGCUUGCCGUACACCGUGAGGGAACGACUGAUAGCAGAGAGAAUCUGCCGCUUACUGUGGGGAUGACCGUGGAAUAUGAUAGCACUCGAGACUGGCGUGAUACAAGGGAUGGUAUUGUGAAGAUUCUGGAUGACAUGAAUCUCCCUAUGGUUGGGGUCAUCAUCAGGAAGGGCAAAAACUAUAGGGGUUAA